AUGCCUCCUAAAGCAGAAUUAUCAACAUUUAUUGCGGGAAGAGACAGUGCAAUAGUUUCAUUGAACGACUUAUUAGAAGAAUUCCACGUCCAAGUUGAACCGGUAUGGAGUACUCUUGAAUACGUAGACAAAGAAGUCGAAUCUAAAUAUAGAAGUGUUAAAAAGCGGCAAGAAAAAAUUGCCGACAGACUUGCUGAAUAAGUGUCAGAAGAAUCACAAACAAAGAAUCAGUAAUCGGCGACGAAGCCAAAGCUAAUUUUUUAAAAUGCGAAGAACAGUUCGUCAUUUAUCAAAAAUCAUUCGCGACUGAAAAGCCGCGGUUUAAACACGAAGCGCUUGAAGCAAUGACAUUAGCAGUAACAAAAAUGACCAAUGUUUUGAGUUCGCAAAAGUACGCAAGCCACGGACUAGAGAAAUUGUCAGUUCUUGCGCAACUUGGAAGUACGAAUUGUCAAUUCUGGUAA